AUGCGUUCAAACGCCCCACUGGGCCUCUUGGCUGCCGUAUCGGCGGUUUCGGCCUUUCCGACGCUGCACACCAGCAGUGGUGAUGCUCUUGUCAGGUUCUUUGAGAAAAGAGCAAACACUCUAAACUUUACAGUCUCAUCUGAAGCCUCAAUCAUCUAUCCCAGCGACGCGGAAUGGGAAAACGACACGGCCCGUUGGUCUACGUGGAGUGCCCCUACCUACAGCGUUGCCUUCCUUCCCGCUACAGAACAAGACAUCACUACAAGUCUUCAAUACUUGACUGGAAACAACAUUUCCUUCUUGGCACAAUGUGGAGGUCAUGGAAAUACUGUCACGUUUGAGACUGUGCGAGAUGCCGUUGUGAUCAACAUGGAGAACUUUAACGACAUCACAUUGCACGAUGACAACACAAUCACUGCUGGUGGUGGCGCAAUCUUCGGAGAUGUUUACCCAGUGGCGUACAAUGGUGGUAGAGAAUUGCCCCUCGGAUCUUGCCCAUGUGUUGGUGUCGGCGGCGCCAGCAUUGGAGGCGGUCAUGGUCGACUGCAAGGUGAAUAUGGACUCAUUAUUGAUGUCAUCAGCAAACUCCGGGUGGCGCUCUGGAACGGCACCAUCAUCGAUGUAUCUGCCGAAGAGAACGAGGAUCUCUUCUGGGCCAUGCGCGGAGCAGGCCACAACUUUGGUAUUGUCCUCGAGUACACCUUUGAGACGUUUCCUCUACAAAACGACGGCCAAAACUACAACGGUGAUAUGACUUUUACACUUGACUCCCUAGAGGGCGUUCUGGGAGCCAUCAACGACCUGAUUCCUGACCAAGAUCCUGGCCUGGCAAUGGACUUUUUCAUCACCUACAAUGAGACGACUGCUACUCCGGGUAUACUACUAAACAUUGUCUACCAUGGAACCCUAGAAGAGGGACAGGCUUUCGCCUCCCGCUUCGACUCAUGCAAUGAAACCGGCAUCGAGCAGCUUACCAAGAACGAGACAAUGGUGCCAUGGACCGACGUUCCCACCGCCGCUGCCCACGGCGCCAUUGUCGAGGCUUGCACUGAAGGUCUCAGCUACGACGUGUACACGGUCAACACGAAGCUGUUCGACAUUGCCCAGCAGCGCGAGAUGGCCGACUCGUACGUUGAGUUCGUCGAGGGGAACCCUCUGGCCGCGCACUCGAUCCUCUUUUACGAGAUCUUCCCACAGCAGGGCGUGCUCGCCGUCGACCCCGACAGCACCGCCUUUGGCAACCGCCAGUACGGCAACAUUCUCAUGCUCAUUCAGGGCACCUACUCCGACGCCAGCGUCGCCGCGGCCUGGCAGGACUGGGCGGGCCCGUGGCGCGACCAGCUGUGGGACCCCGAGCACUCUGGCUACCCCGUCGAGUCCGUCUAUAUGAAUUAUGCCCGGGGCGACGAGCCUCUCACAGCCCAGUACGGCUACGAGCCCUGGCGUCGCGAGCGCCUUGCGCAGCUCAAGGCCAAGUACGACCCCUAUGGCUUCUUCAACCACUACAACUCGGUCCUUGGUAACUGGGACUCGGCCAACUAG